CCGGAAGGAAAACAAUCGGGCGAGAGUAAGCUAGCCGGGACCUGCUGCCGGAGGGAGGUGGAUCGGGCCAGGAGCGGCGGGGGCGGGGAGGCGCGAGCCGGCCGGGCCGCGGCGUGGGGACGAUGGCGGCCGUGAACCCACGGAAGCCGACUGAGCCGAGAGGCAAGACGCUCAGCAUACAUGUGGUGACGUGGAACGUGGCCUCUGCAGCACCUCCUCUAGACCUCAGCGAUCUUCUUCAGCUGAACAAAGACAACCUGAAUCUGGACAUCUACGUCAUUGGUUUGCAGGAAAUGAACUGUGGGAUCCUGAGCCUCCUCUCUGACACUGCCUUUGAAGACCCAUGGAGCAGUUUCUUCAUGGAUGUGCUUUCCCCUCUGAGCUUCGUCAAGGUCUCCAGUGUCCGCAUGCAGGGGCUCCUCUUGCUAUUCUUUGCCAAGCAUCAGCAUUUGCCCUUUGUCCAGAUCCUCUCUACUAAAUCCACCCCCACUGGCCUCUUCGGGUACUGGGGGAACAAAGGGGGCGUCACCAUAUGCCUGAAGCUUUAUGGCUACUAUGUCAGCAUCAUCAACUGCCACCUGCCCCCCCACAUGGCCAACAAUGACCAGCGGCUAGAGCACUUUGACUGGAUCCUGGAGAUGCAAAAUUUUGAGGGACAGGAUAUCCCCAACAUCCUGGAGCAUGACCUCAUUCUCUGGUUUGGAGACAUGAACUUUCGGAUCGAUGACUUUGGGCUGCAUUUUGUCCGGGAAUCCAUAAAAAAUCAGUGCUACAGUGAUCUGUGGGAGAAGGAUCAGCUCAGCAUUGCCAAGAGACAUGAUCCACUGCUCCGGGAAUUCCAGGAGGGCCCCCUGCUCUUCCCACCCACCUACAAGUUUGAUAAGAACUCCAACAACUAUGACACCAGUGAGAAAAAACGCAAGCCUGCAUGGACCGACCGCAUCCUGUGGAGGUUGAAGCGGCAGCCCCAGGCCAACCCCCACACCCAGAGGCUGCCAGCCCCCCACUUCUGCCUGUCGCUGAGGAGCUAUGUCAGCCACAUGAUGUACUGCAUCAGUGACCAUAAGCCGGUCACCAGCACCUUUGACUUGGAGCUGAAGCCAUUGGUGUCUGCCCCACUGAUCACCCUGAUACCCGAGAGGCUGUGGACCAUGGAGAACGACAUGUUGAUCAGCUACUCCUUGACGCCAGACUUUCUCAGCAGCCCCUGGGACUGGAUUGGACUAUACAAGGUGGGGCUGCGCCACAUUAAUGACUACGUGUCCUAUGUCUGGGUCAGGGACAACCAGGUCUCCUUCAGCGAUGGGCUGAGCCAGGUAUACUUCAAUACCAGCAAUAUCCCCGAGACUGAGGACCAGUUUCUCCUCUGUUACUAUAGCAACAGUCUACAUUCUGUGGUGGGGAUAAGCAAACCCUUCAAGAUCCAGCCUGGCUCCUUCUUAGCGGAGGACCCACUGGGGGAAGCCCAACCACACAUCUGAGCCCGGAUGAGAGUGGAUCCAGGGUGGAGGCCAGAGCUGGUCUGCCCAUACCGCCCGCAGCGCUGGGGGCCCAGCCCAGCCCCCAGAGGAGGCAGCAGGUAUCCUCCGUCUCCCAGGGGGAGCUCUAGCCACACUCCUUUGCUCUCUCCGGUCCAGAUCUCUAGAAUUGGCCACUUAAAUACAGGUUUUUGUUGCUGAGAUAUGAGUGAAACCAGCUAGUUUGUCAACAGUGAAGACCUGGGACAAUCCACUGGAUGUGGGAAGGACCCUCCAGCUUGUACCUUGUUUCUUGAUUUUCCCCCCACACACUCCCAGUCCCGCCCAAGCAGGCCUGCCAGGCACAUGCCCCAUCUGGCACAGGCCUGCAUUCUUGUCACGCCAUCCUGGGCUUCAGGCUGCCUGGGAGGGGGGAGAAGCUCGCAUCUGCACAGGCCCCAUAGGCCGGUUGGCACAAGCAGCCCUGGGUUCCGGGAGUCUUGGCAUCUCAUUGCCUCUCCCCCUGGGGGAUGGGCAGAAGGUGUGGGAUCCCUGCUUGUAGCAAAAGCAAUUAGACUAAGUGGGCAGGAUGGAGGGGCCCCUCUACCCAGGCUCUUAUUUAGGUCCUGUGGGCAGGAUGAUGAGUGUCCUGCCGGCACCCCUGCCCCCAUGGAGUCUGACCCAGGAAGUUCCGGGGCUGGUGGGUCAGGCUCCAUGCCCUAACCUGCCCUCUUGUGAAGGGUUGGCAGGUGGUAGAGGAACUGUGGCCACAGACUUUUCCAGGGUGUUUCUUGCCCAGUCAAGCUCAUCUGCUCCUACCCUUGCCUGCAGUCACUGGCCAGAAACCUGCCCUCUCUCUAGACUGGCCCUAGCACCUAGAAGUGGAGGCAGGCAGAGAAGAGAGCCUAAAUCUAGACGUUUUGCGGAAUCUGGCCUUGAGGGCCUUCAGAGAACAUUCUCUAGGUGCUGUGUGGGCCCUCAGUCCCACUCCCGCCACUUGCCUCCAGCCACCGGUGAUUCAACGGCCCUUCUCCCAGGAGAAGACACCUCAGGGAACCUGCUCUGUGAUUGUCACGCCCAUCCUAUGACCUGAGACUGAGGGACACUCCAGUCACUCUAUGAUCCAUACUCCACCCUGGGAGCCGUGUGUACCAUCAAGAAUUGUCCCCCUGGCUUCUAGUGGCCCGUGGCUGUGUUCUUUGUCUGUUGUAUGGGGGGGGGGGAUAAUUAGAAACAUGGCUUUUA